GUACGUACGGUCUGUCAACAAUUACUACUUGUACCUAUUACAAACGACCAUGCCGUAACUUCUAGACUUAAAAAUGACAUUUAGUCAUUGUAUAACCAGUGUGAUAUCAUGUUGGCGAAUUAGGUGCGUUGAUAGGAAAACUGAGGAUUUUGACACAAUCGAUGAAGCUGAUGAAGACGAAAGUAUCCACAAAGAAAACCAAAGAAGUGUGGAGUCUAACCAAAGGAAAACUAGGAAUUUGAACAUGGUAAUGGAUGAUCAAAUGCAUGAUAUGGAUGAGAUGACAUCCAAUGAGAGGUCCAGGACGCAAAACGGCGAUGUGACUGCAUCGUCUCUUGAUGCCAAUGGAAUGCGAGUCGUUCGAGGUCGAUGUUCAGGAUUACGCCAGCGUUCGUAUACAGAUCCUACAGACUUGCUUGCUGUUUUUCGUAGAAGAAUCAACACAACUCUAGAAUUAGAAGAGAAUCAUAACUUUACAUGCCACCAUGAAUGCGAGAAAGAUAGUAUGAAACGUUCAGUUGAUCUUCGGGGCCUUCUUCAAGAUGAACGAUUUCAAGGAUUGCUGCAUAAAUGGUCCAAUGAAAGUCUGCAUUCAAAAGGAAUAAAGAGCAGGAACAAUAUGAGUGGCGAGGCAAAGGAUUCAAAUAUGUUACCUGUUGAGCGUCACGAGAGAAAGAUCUCUGCACCAGCCGUUCGCAUUGGAAGACGAAACUCACAAGUUUUAGCACAGGUCCAUGCGCAACGACGUAGCUCCGUAGCGGGAGUACCUAGACGAAUGGGUCGACGAGGGAGUGAGGUACCAGCACUUGCAAGUAUAGCAAGACGACGAAGCACGCUCACUCCAGCUUAUCCUGUCGGGCUGAAAGGACGAGGUGCACGUGGAUUUAGUAACACAGAAUUCCACCUUAAUAACAUCCGGGUGAAAGCGAAGCAUGAGAUGUUGGCCAAUCUAGUUUUACCAGCCUUUAACGAGAACACCUUUCGAUCGCGUGAACGACGAACGACGUGUAGUUGUCAUCCGGCGACUGUAAUAUCUAAGAAAGAUGAAAAACGUCUCCAAGUAACGAACGAAAUACUAGAAACAGAAAAGAAAUAUUUAGCUUGUUUAAAUACAUUAAAAAAGAUAUUUGAAGAUCCUUUAAGAGAAGAAUCAAUUCUAGGAACUAAAGAUAUCGAUAUUAUAUUUCCCAAUGAGCUUAGUCUAAUUCGUGACAGUCACACCCUAUUUAUGAAAGAACUUGAGGAUCGAAUAGAGAACUGGAAGCAAUACGGCAUUGUGGGGGAUAUCUUUACCAAGCUGAGUAGUUCGUACCAUAUUGAUGUUUUGAAGAUCUAUUCUGAUUAUGUCAAUAAUUUCCCAAAAGCCAUGGCGGUGAUCAAUAAGUACUCUAGAGGGUCUCAGAAAUUCAGAAGAUUUCUGCAGAACUGCUCGAGUGAUCCUGAAUGUGAGGGACUGGAUCUAGCGGCCUAUUUACUGACACCUAUUCAAAGACUUCCAAGAUACGUUCUUUUGCUUAGACAAUUAUCAAAAUGUACAGACUCAACACAUCCAGAUAGCUUCCAUCUAGAAAACGCUUUGGAAACUAUGAAGAACAUGAUUAAUAUUCUCAACGAUUCGAUCCAUAAUUCCUGCAGGAUAGUCAGUACGUCAAUAAGUAGAAAGUCCGUGAAAAGAAGGUCAACGAGAAAACGAGGGAGUCUAAAAGAGCUCAAGAUAACCAAAGACGAUAAUGAUAACAGGGUAGUACAAGUUUCUAGUCCGACUGACAGCAACAAUGGCAAAUCACCCGUCAGCGUAGCCUCAUCAUUACCAACAGAAUCACCGAACAGCCUCCCUUCAAGUCCAAAAUCAUUAGCUUCACCAGACAGACUAUCACCAAAUUCAGAGCAUAGUAUUCUAACCCGACUAAGAUCAGGCGACAAGAAAUCAAGGCCAGUAAGUACCGGAGAUCUGGACAGAUUUUACGACACGGACCAAACUAAGGAGUUCAAUGCAAUCGUCGAGGAAGCUGAUGCCGGAAAGGACGAUAAAUCAACUGGACAAAGCAAGCUUAAGAGCGCUGCCGAGUCUGUGAAACGGUCUUGGCAACGACGUUCAAAGAAAUGGCGACGUUCCUUCGAGGGGAAGGCAGUCAGCACCAACACUUUACCAGAAUUGGAGAAAGAACGCGGAUCAAACCUUGUUUUUACUCGAUCUGGAAACAAAUUUACGUUUGAUUCAUCAGACACUAACUUAUCACCGACGAUAUCUCCUGCAAGCACGCCGAUAUCAGGCUCUACGGACGGGCUGAAGGUGAUUGCAGCAUGCAACCCUUGUCUUCAAGCUAAUAGCAUGCCUGCCAGCCUGAACCCCUCGCCUGCUAUAUCAACAUCUGAAAUCAUAGAGACUGUAGCUGGGAUCUACUCCAAAGAGGAAUCAGAGAGUAUUAAAAAUCAUGAUGUUGUUACGAUUAAUGAACAAGAAAUGCUGGUUUUACAAACAUAUCCUAACCAAGGAAGCCCGUACGCUAGAAGAGAGAGAAAACAAGGAAUACAGGAAAGACCUAUUUCUGUCGCUUUGCCGAUGAAAGGAGAACUAAAUGAGAAUAUAGUCAGUGAGGACAAAUCUAAAUCAGACAAUGACUUAUUAAAGGACGAUGCUCCUGUUUGGAUUCAUCGACAACAACCUCGUCUACAAAAAAGACAUUCCGAUGGCGCAUUACGUCAUCAUUUGUUCGGUCGAACGCCGAGUUCUGUAUCUUGCACUUCCGGUACAACUGGGACAAGCAUUGGAAGUCUUGACACAUCCAAAGACAGUCUGAUUGACUCUGGAGUGUCUGGUGAUAUAACCGAAAACUCACCAAUAAACACACUGAAAAAAAAUGAAAAUACAAACAAUUUCAGACAUCUUUCUGUGGAAGAGAGACUUGUGUUUGAUGAAGUGAUUGCUUCUGGGUUUAAAGGUGCCAGCGAAAAGAAAAUGGAAAGCGAAGAGCAGCUGGACGAGAAGCCACUUAAAAGUAAAAAGAAAUUUAAGGAUGUUGUGAAGUACAUGUUUUCGAAAUCAAAAAGAAAAACCAGUUCUGGGAGUCUAGAUGACUCGGUACAUAAAUCAAAACCCAAAAUACUCAGUCGAGCAAAGAGUUUCACCAGAGAAAGUAGAGAAAGAGUGCCGUCUUUAUAACUGAAUCGGUUUCGUGUUAGUCUCAUACUCAAGCGAAGUUUAAUACCACCAUGAAUGCUAGUAACUUAGAGCAUUAAUGGAUUUUAGAAUAAUUUUCACACAUUACUCUUUUAAAAGGGAAACAUUAAAAGUGCAAUAUAGGCGCUACUAAAGGCUGAUUUACACGGCACGAUUGUCUCGUGCGAUUUGUAGUAUACGACUUGAAUCGCGCAGUGUAAAUGCCCCUACGACUUGUCUACAACAGUCGUACGCAAUCUACGACUUGUAGUAGGAUUUUGAACCACUGCUUAAAAUCCUACGACUUGUAGUAGGAAAAUCGUAUACUACAAGUCGCGCGCGACAAAUCGUACCGUGUAAAUCAGCCUUAAUAAAGUUGGUAUAAGAAAUUAUGCCCUUUGAAAAGUGAUAAAAAAUUAUGAGUUUCAAAAUCAAAUAUCACCGCGGGAUUUAUUUAAGACUGUAAAUAAAUAACUGUGUAUAUGAAUAUUUUUAUAUGUAAAACUACACUUAUAUAUUAAGAAAAUAUACAUACCAAGAACUUUUUCAUUAAACUACGUUCCAUGACAAGAGUUA